AUGUCUGAUAUCAACACCACACUCAUAAACUCUGUUAGAAAAAUUGAAAUUGAUAUUGCUGAAAUAAAGCAAAUGGUACGCAUGCUUCAAGAUCAGUUUAGCAAACAAUUUGCCCCAACUGUAAGUACAAAAGACAUUAGUACAAUGCAACAAAACAUUAUUGAGCAAAGUGUAUAUUCGCUUGCCUUAUUAAUAUUAUGGCAUACAAUUUCCUCUUUGGUAGCUCUUGAACGUGUUGCUGAGUCUGUAAAACGGUCUCAAUUCACUGAGUAUCCUGACCAGCUUGGAAAGCAAGUAAUUGGCACAGGUGGCAAUUUCAAAGGGAAAAACAAAGCCCAGAAAUACAAUUUGUUGUUGCAGUUGCUUCACAAACAGGACUGGAAAGCAUGCUGCAAAGAAAUUCCGGAAGGACAACCUCUGCCUCAACUAGUACUUCUUUCGGACAGCAAUUUGACAAUGAAGCAACUACAGCUUAAGACUUUGAGUCGUAGCAUCAAGCAUAACCUGAUUGACAAGGACUUUCCUGCUUUCAGUAAAGAAUGGAAAGGUAUCCUGGCAAAGCACCAGGAGUAUUACAUGAUGCAAUUGGAGAGACUGGCAAAAGAUAACGGCUUUGCUAUUUUCAAAUGCAAGAGCAUACACAACAAGAUGCAAAUGAUUUUUUAUUGUCUUCUGAUAAUAUGUCAGAAACAGAUGGUGGCAAGUCAUCUAUUAUGGUCUCCUCUGGCAGAAAUGAGUGUUGAGCUAGCACACAAGAGAAGCCAAAGAUCAUAG